GGGGUAUUUUUCCACCACAGUGAUAAUGGAUAUCCAUUCUAAUCAACAGCAAGGUAUUAAUUCUAAUCAACUUUCACUGUCGCAUGACACAACUAGAGGAUGGGAACUGAAACACAGAUAUUUAUCUGACCAUAACCUUUAACCCAACCCUAAACUUAUCUGUAAACCCUUGAUUGAUAACAAAAUAGCAUGUCAAAUAUAAUAUGUUUUAUAUGUCAUAGGCUACCCCCCUGCAAUUUCCAUGAAUCAGCUGUAAAUCAAUGUAAACAGUUUAAAUGAGAUGUGUGUGUGUGUGUUAAAAAUGGGUGCUUAAAGUCAAAACAUGAUGUAAUUUAGAACAAACACAGGGUAAACCCCGAGCACCACGUGUGGUUUUGGAAAAUCUGAGUUUUUACGUCAAACACCUUAUAAGGAGUUCCGGUACAGACAGAUGAGCUUAUAUAGUCGUUCCGUCUGUGAUGUGUCCUCCUUAUGUGGAAAAAGAAGGCGGAGUAGCAGUUUGGUAUAAAACCCUGUCCCUCCAAUCUCAUCCCAUCUCUUAACAAGAAACAAGAGGUAAAGACAGUUUAGUACUGAUUUCGAGGUGAAUUGUUUAUGUAAAUAGUCACAUUCAGUACUCUCUGGCUGAAGUCAAAUUGUUUUAAUUAGUUGAUCAAGUUUUAAAUAUAUUCUGAUCAAGAACAAGUGUGUUUUGCCAAACAUUUUGUUGCUUUUAGGCUAGUCUAUAACUUUCCACAGGAGAAACAAAUCAAAGCGACAAUUUUUUUACCUGUUUAUUUUUGGGACCAGAACUAAAUAAUGUGUUCAAGCAGCGAGUCUCUGGAGAUAACUGGUAUUGAGUUGGCCCACAUCCUCAGAACUCCCUGUGACCAGUUCGCCUCAGGCGGCUGUGUACUGCUAGACUGUCGACCUCUCCUUGCCUUUUCCAGGACUCACAUCUCUGAGUCCCGCAAUGUCAACUGGAACUCAAUGCUCCGGCGUCGGUCCAACAGCUCUGUUGUUUGUUUGGAGUGGUUGGUUGCGGACAAGGACCUCCUUGGUCGGCUGUGCAGGGGGGAUUUCUCGCCAAUGGUGGUGCUUGAUGAGAGUAGCCUUUCUAUGGCCGAACUGAAAGGGGAGGGCUUGGCCAGUAUGCUGCUGAACGCUCUACAAGCCGAUGUCCAAUCCAACUCAGCACAGAUCUGCUUUCUACAAGGUGGCUUUGAGGGGUUCCAUGAAGAAUAUUCAGAAGUCUGUUUCAACUCCCCAGACCUGCUGGGACACAGCCCUGCAAUGAUGGACCUGGAGACUAGCGUGACAGGGCGGAAAACACCACUCUAUGAUCAGGAGGGUCCAGUGGAGCUCCUCCCCUUCCUGUUCCUGGGCAGUGCAGUUCAUUCGUCACGGCGCGAAACUCUCACUGCAGCGGGGAUCACGGCAGUGCUCAACGUGUCCUCCUCCAGCCCCAACCUGUAUGAAGAGGACCUAAAAUACAUGAGACUCACCGUAGAGGACAGCCUGGCUGCAGACAUCGCAGCCCACUUCCCUGAGGCCAUCGCCUUCAUAGACUCGGUGAAGGAGAGUGGUGGUCGUGUGCUGGUGCACUGCCAGGCCGGCAUCUCUCGCUCGGCCACUAUCUGUCUGGCCUACCUCAUCCACGCCCGCCGCGUCUGAUUGGACGAGGCUUUCGACUUUGUGAAGCAGCGACGCCAGGUCAUCUCUCCUAACCUGGCCUUCAUGGGACAGCUGCUGCAGUUUGAGGCCGUCGUUCUGUGUCACUGACCCCAUCAUUAGCUAUAUAUUUAUAUAUAUGAUUUGCCACUAACAAGACUCGCAGAGAUAUAUUUCUGAGGAAGACUCAAGAGAAAUGUACCGUAUAUAUGCACUUCCACUAGGUGGAUUAGUCCAAAAAGUUGACUUGGACUGUGAUGAAGAAUGUGUAUCGAUUUCACAUGUUUUUAUGUGUCUCUGCGUGGCCACAGCCUCAUAUAACUGCUCAGAGAAAUGUUUACCCACUCUGCCACUGGCUGGGCUGUAUCUGAGAGAAACCCACAGAGACUGGCAAGAGAAAUAUAUAUAUAUAUAUAUGUAUAUAUGUGUAUAUGUGUAUAUACAGUAUAUAUAUGUAUGUGCUGUUUGCCUUUUUGGACAUUUUGCAAGGGCUGACAAAGGCCUAUACUGUGUGAUAAACCCCAGCAAGUUGUUGGGUACCGGAGUAAUAACUACUGUCUGUAAAACUAAAUGUGAAUGAUUUGUAUCUUGAUCAGGUGAUUUAAUGUAUUAAGGGCAAUACAUCAAUACAAUCAAUUUCCUAACACCAGUGCAAAUCUGAAACAAGCUCAUCCUCAUCAAAUCAUAGGUGUUGGCUGUAGCUUGCAGGUCUGCUCUGGGCAAAGGGAAGAAGCCAUCUUAAACGUUAUGGUGUUUUUAUAAAACUUAUUUUGAAUCAUUUUAUUAUGGUUUUGACAGUAUUGUGAUUUACACUGUCGGUUAUUGCACUUUAUUUGCCAAUGUGGAGGCAGAUUCCUGCUGUUUUUCACAUAGAUUAAAUACUUUAUAAACUGGAAAACACAUGUUUGUCUAUGUAUGUUUAUAUAAUAAUGCCCUGUAUACAUACAGUGCCUUCCGUAAGUAUUCACACCCCUUGACUUUUUCCAAAUUUUGUGGAGUUACAGCCUGAAUAUAAAGUGGAUUAUAUUGAGAUUUUGUAUCACUGGCAUACACAAUGUAGGAGCCAAAUAUGUCAUAUUGUAUAUUGGCAUGUUUCCAAUUCAAUGCAUUUCUGUUGUAUGUGUGUUUGCCAUUAAUCCGCUGUCAGGUGUGUGUACCCCCUCUACAGGCCAAUGGAGAACACAUUUAAAAGGCGUACAUGCUCCAAGGCCUACUGGGAGGAACUGGAAUAGCAGCACACAGUCUUUUGACCAUACCAGACCAUGUUUAUCAUGCUGUUUGUUCCUUUAGUUUAAUGAUCAGAAUUAGUUUUGGUAGAAUUCUAUGCAUUUUUGUAUCCAGAAG